UAGGGGAGAUUAUUUCUCACCAGGACAAACCCUAACUCUCUCUGUUUCUCUUGGCGACGGCGGCUUCAGCUCACAAUUCUUGGGUACAAUAAGUUGGUCAAAGAUGAAACAAACACGAGACCGAAAUAUCAAAUUUUGGUGCGAUGUGGCCAAGCUGUGAACUUGCGUUUUGCAAUGAAGCUUUGUUCAGUGCUCCUUAUUUGAAGCGCUUGGAACAAAUUUGAGCUUUGCAAUUGCAAUCAUACAUAGGGGUUGGUUGGUUGGUUGGUUAUAGAGAGGGAGUGGGAGAAAUGGGUUUAUUUUUUAUAAUUGGAGAUUCAUGCUCACUUUCGGAAGAUCUUUACGCUCUGCAAAAAUUCAUGGGAGGAUGAGGAGAACAAAUUAAAUUUCAAUUUUAUUAUAGCUUUGGAGCAUCCUGGAGCAAAUGAGCAAUGGAGCUUGUGGAGCACCGCUCUCAUCGAGGAUUGCUCACUUGCGAAGUUUUUGCUCUAUCAUCAGAAAUGAGUGGUCGCUUUUCUCGCACAAUCUAUGUUGGCAACCUGCCAUCGGAUAUAAGAGAAUACGAAGUUGAAGAUUUAUUCUACAAGUAUGGUCGUAUAUUGGAUAUUGAAUUGAAGAUUCCACCUCGUCCUCCAUGUUAUUGUUUUGUAGAGUUUGAGAAUUCUCGUGAUGCAGAAGAUGCAAUAAGAGGUCGUGAUGGCUAUAAUUUUGAUGGUUGUCGUUUAAGGGUUGAGCUUGCCCAUGGUGGUAGAGGUCCAUCAUCAAGUGAUCGUCGUGGUAGCUAUGGUGGUGGUGGUGGUGGUGGUGGUGGUGGUGGUGGUAGUGGUGGUGGUGGUGGUGGUGGUCGUUUUGGAAUCUCACGCCAUUCUGAAUAUCGAGUUAUUGUCCGUGGGCUCCCUUCAUCAGCCUCCUGGCAAGAUUUGAAGGAUCAUAUGCGAAAAGCAGGUGAUGUGUGUUUCGCUGAAGUUUCCCGUGACAGUGAGGGAACUUAUGGCGUUGUUGACUAUACCAAUCCAGAUGACAUGAAAUAUGCUAUUCGGAAACUUGAUGACACUGAAUUUAGAAAUCCUUGGGCAAGAGGACGGAUAACGGUGAAGAGAUAUGAUCGUAGUCCAUCAAGAAGCCGAAGCAGAAGCCGAAGCAGAAGCAGGAGCAGGAGCAGGAGCAGGAGCAGGAGCAGAAGUGUGCGAAGAAAUCGAAGUAAAUCAUUAGAACAAUAUGCUUCUAGAUCAGUGUCAAGAUCUAGAUCUGCAUCUCCUGUUAAACCAUCAAGAGCAAGAUCAAGAUCACAGUCACGAUCACGAUCACAUUCACGGUCUGCAUCACCUCGUAAGGUGCAAUCAGGAAGUGGCUGAUUCUUGGAACGGAAGUCCCAACUCUUCAUAGCAUGCUGAAAUGAGUUUUUGGGCAAGUUUUUUACUUGGAAAUGAUUUAACGAAAGCCUAGAGACUAUUUAUUAGCUUAUGGGUUGGUAAUGAUUAAUCAAUAUGUGGAGGAUGUUGAAUUUUCUGAAUCUGCGUAGUUUUUAUUUAUUUUGCCACACAUUGUUUUCAAUUAUCUUUCUGUGCAUGUAGCAAGCCUUUGAGCAAUAGUUAAUGAGUGCAAUUUAUUGUGAGUUUUGAACA